UUCCCACCCGGACCGCGUUCUCUGUUGCACCGAAAGCAUGGGAACGUGAUUGGUGAAACAGAAAAAAUGAAACGCAGCAAUAUGGAGAGUAUAAGCGAUGGAAAGUGGGCUAGUUUACCCGUGAAACUUCACGACAGCAUACAUUUGACCUUGAAGAAGCUGGGGUUUAUUUAUAUGACUCCGGUUCAGUCAGCAUGCAUCCCUCUUUUCAUGAGCAAUAAAGAUGUUGCAGCCGAAGCGGUCACAGGCAGUGGGAAGACUCUUGCUUUUGUCAUUCCUCUGCUAGAAAUCCUCACGAAACGCGAGGAGAAGCUGAAGAAAAUGCAAGUCGGCGCUUUGAUCAUCACACCGACCCGAGAGCUGGCACUCCAGAUCAGUGAAGUUGUGGGCCAGUUUCUUGAGGAAUUUCCUCAGUUCAGGCAGAUUCUUUUAAUUGGUGGAAGCAACCCCAUUGAAGAUGUAGAAAAGUUCAAGACCAGUGGAGCCAACAUCGUGAUUGGAACCCCUGGGAGGCUGGAAGACAUGUUCAGGAGGAAAGCUGAUGGCCUCGACUUGGCCAGCUGUGUGAAGUCUUUAGACGUGCUUGUUCUAGAUGAAGCCGACAGACUGCUGGACAUGGGCUUUGAAGCUAGCCUGAACACUAUUUUGGGCUAUUUGCCCAAGCAGAGGCGCACAGGGCUUUUCUCAGCAACACAGACUCAGGAGCUGGAGAAGCUGGUGAGGGCUGGCCUCCGAAACCCGGUCCGGAUCACGGUGAAGGAGAAAGGAGUGGCAGCUACAAGCAUGCAGAAGACUCCAUCGAGGCUUAGUAAUUACUACACAAUCUGUAGAACAGAAGACAAGUUUAACACGCUGGUGGCUUUCCUGAGACAGCACAAACAUGAGAAGCAGCUUGUGUUCUUCAGCACAUGCGCCUGUGUGGAGUAUUUUGGAAGAGCGCUGGAGGUCUUUAUCAAAAACGUCACCAUUCUUUGUAUCCAUGGUAAGAUGAAGGACAAGAGGAGCAAGAUCUUCUCCGAGUUUCGGGAAUUAAAGAGCGGGAUACUCGUGUGCACUGAUGUGAUGGCAAGAGGCAUCGACAUCCCGGAUGUGAACUGGGUGCUACAGUAUGAUCCUCCAAGCAGCGCAAGUUCUUUUGUGCAUCGAUGUGGCCGAACCGCUCGUAUCGGAAACCGAGGCAAUGCUCUAGUCUUUCUCCUGCCAAUGGAGGAAUCUUACAUCAGUUUUCUGUCUAUCAAUCAAAAAUGUCCCCUCCAGAAGUAUCCUCCUGUGAAGGACGUUGUGGACGUGUUGCCCAAACUGAAAUCUCUUGCUCUUGGGGACAGGGCUGUAUUUGAGAGAGGAGUGAAGGCGUUUGUCUCAUUUGUCCAGGCUUAUGCAAAGCACGAGUGCAGCCUGAUAUUCCGACUCAAAGAUCUGAACUUUGCCGCUUUAGCUCGAGGCUUCGCUCUUCUUCGUUUGCCCAAGAUGCCCGAGUUGAGGGGCAAGACAUUCCCCGACUUCGAAGAGAUCACGGACACAGACUCGAUCCGUUUCAAGGACAAGAACCGAGAGAAACAUCGGCAGAAAUCGUUACAGGAGAAAAAGGAAAAGCAAAAGCAGGCACUGGCCCAAAAAAAGAACUUCAUAAAGAACAAAGCCUGGUCCAAGCAGAAAUCCAAGAAGGAUAAGAGGAGGAAGGUGGCUGCCAAAAGGAAGAUGAAUGAGGGAUCAGACGUGGAUGAUGAGGACAUUGACGAGCUUUUGAGCGACACACGUCUACUGAAGAAGCUCAAGAAGGGAAAGAUUAGCGAGGAAGACUUUGAUAAGCAAAUGAGUACAGAAAGAAAUUCAAAGCAUAACAGAGCAGGUCCCUCUCAUGAGGACGGCGCAGAAGGAGGGAGUGAAUGAACACACAAACCGGGUCCGUUCUGCCGAGAUAUCAGUGUGCUGUAUCAGCACAGGCAAAAGUUCAUACAACUUUGUGGUUUCAUAUUUGUUAUUGUUGUAUAUCAGAUUGUGUAAUAAUUAAAGCCUGGAGGAUUUCUGUGGUGAGAGGAAAACUAUACAUGUAUUACAGAAAUCUGAUUUUGUGAACAAAUUUUAAGAAUUUGACAUUUGAUGAUUAUUAUUUCAUACGAUCUCAAAAGAGGCUUUUCUGUAGUGUGAAUUUAAACAUGUUUUGCAGAAAGGGGGCGAGAGCGCAUCUUCUAGGGCAGAGUUGUGUUUGCAGAAAAUCUUCUGUAAAAUAAAUGUCUGUGUGUGUGUACA